AUGACUGAAAGUCGUUUUCCGACUGAUAAAAGAAUUGUUUACAUCUCUCCUAAAGAGCUUUCCAGUCUGCCAACAGAUGGACCGAUUUAUGUACUAUCAACUGCAGAAAACCCAGAAGUCAACCAUUCAGCAAGUUGUAGUUCAACUGAACUUGGUGCAUCUAGCCAGGAUUCAUCUUCGAUCACUUGUUCAACGUUUGGUUCGACUUCAACUUCAUCUACCAACAGUUCAAAUUAUUUUAAUAACACAUUAGUUCCAUAUUCAUUCCCUUAUCAUGCUAACAUUCCAUAUCCUACUCCUGUGGUUUCAACAAACUUAAUUCUUCCUUAUGGAUUCUGCCCUCCUUUUCAACUUCCACCUUUUGUCGGUUCACAACCAGUUUCAUGGGUAGCACCUGCUUUCCCAAACCACACUUUAUAUCCACCAAGUACCAAUUUAUUCCCAGAAUCUGCUCAGUACAUUCACCCCUACCAAAAUCUACCUACUUUCAUACCGAAUGUCCCACCAAAUUCAUUCUUUCAAACAUUCAAUCCGCACAAACCACCUCCGUCUUUCAGUUUACCUCAGGUAACUUCGAAGUCCAGCAACGCCGUUCUCAUUCAUAAUUCUGCUGCAGAUGUUACUAUUAAUAAUACCGUUACAUGUGUCGCGAGUACUAUGAAUACCAACAAUACCAAACAUUCUUGUUCAUUCAAUCGAUCAAACGAAGAAAAUGGAUUUUCAGAACCGAAUAACUCUAAAAGUGAAUCAACGUCAUCAAAACAAUCGCAUCCUCUACGAUAUACCAAACUGAUCUACGCUUCGGAACUUGAUUACUUUGCUUUUGACAGUAGUACUGGAUCGUAUGUAGCUACACGUCAACUUAUUGAUUUGGAAGAUCGAUUUGAAAAUGAGGUGAUUGCUCGACGUCAUCGCGCUACUUUAAAUGAUCCAGUAAGACAGCCUCCUGAACGUCCUGCAUUGUCGGAUACUGAGCAUCGACGUAAUUCCCGUGCUUCACAUCUUCAUCGUUCGAAAAAGUCGACCCACAAAUGUGAUACAGUGAAUUCAAUGUUUGACAAUAAUUCCGAUAAUGAUGAUGGAUACUUGGCGGCUAUCGGUGAUAACGCAGAAACUUCAAAAGAUGCUUGUUUAUCGACUGAAUCUAGAAAUAAGAACUUAUCCAUCGAUCAUACAAAACAUUCAAAAUCAUCAUCAUCUAACUCUCAUCAUCAUUUACGUAAACAUAAAGUCAAUAAUUAUGAAUCUAUUUGUGCAUCUAAUAAUAGUAUUAAUAACACGAGUAAUAAUAGCAUUUUAAAUUCUGAUUAUCACACUGUCAGUGGCCAUUCCAUAGGUCAACGUAGUAUAAGGCAACAACGUGAAGUCGCUUAUAAAAUUGAACAUCCUAAUCGUUUACAUCCUGAUAUUUGGCAUAAUGAAGCUAACGAGUUCAAUGAUGGUCCAGCUUGUUCUUGUAAACCGAAAUAUCGUAUUGGACCAUUACACAAUCAAUACGAAGGUGAACAGCCCAUUCCGCUAUGUAUUCCAGAAUCAAAUAAUCAUGAUCGUCUUUAUCAUUAUCGUGUGAUUAUAUCACCGACAACUAAUUUUGUUCAACCAAACCCAUCGAAAAUUACUCAUAAUGAACAUGAUUAUCUAUUCGAUGGUUUCUCACUGUUUAUGCAUUAUAAAUUAGAUAAGCCACCUCCAUGUCAAGUUCUACGUUUCAAUCUGUUAUAUGAUAUUUUCCCGAUUGAAGAGGAAUUCCCUCAGUAUUUUACUGUUCGUUCAUUAGAUCUACUCACACAAUAUGUAUUCAUAGAAUUACUGGAGUUGUUAGAUUUAAACUGGAAACCAUAUGGAGCAAAGGAGAGCUGUAAUGUGAUACAUUUAAUGCCAAGAUUUAUACGUAUUUUGUCAAAUACUGCUACUACUACCAAUGAUAAUUUUUCGAUUACAAAUACUGCCACUACUACUAACAAUAGUAUUUCAAUAGAUAACAGUAAAGAACAUAAUAUCGAGUCAAAUAAAUUAAUCGUUUGUAUCGACGAUAGUAGUGAUAAUAAUACAGUAAUUGGGGAAUUACUACCCGUUCAUGUAAUAAUGCGACACUGGUUAAAAGAGGCACUGACUCCGGUAAUUAAUAUGAUGGAAUUAUCUUCAAUACAGCGUAUGACUACAAUUGAAUGGUCAAAUCAUAUCGCUAAUUUACGAGGCACAUUAGCUUGCUUUCCAGGCAAAAAACCAUCAACUAUACGCAUAGAUCAAUUAGAUCGUCAAUCUGUAACAGGUCAAUCAAAUGAAACCAUAUUAAUUUAUCCACUCAUAGUACACAUGACUUAUACACCAAUGAAAUUAAGUUUAACGCGUGAACCAAAGUAUAAAUCUGUACUUAAAAAUUUUAUGAAAUUACAAUAUUUAAUGAUGAAUAAGCCAAGAAUUAGUACUUCUGAUCGUGUACAGUUGGUACAAUUAGCCAGUGAAUUAGAAGAGAUGGAGCAUUCUGGGGUACAUCGACGUGAAGUUACUGUAGAGAUUAGUUGUGAAGGCUUUUAUCGAACUGGAAUACGACCAGAUAUACCACAAUAUGCAUUGAAUUUAGUCUCAUUAAUAGCUCACCUACGUUUUCAUAAAUCGUUGGAAAGUUUGGAGAAUCGUUUGGGAUAUACAUUUAACGAUAAGUCUUUACUACAUCAAUCCCUUACUCAUCCGUCAUAUCGACGAACAAAUUUCGGUACAAAUCAAGAUCAUUUUCAAAAUUCAUUGGUUAGUUGCGGUCCACGUAUUUUAGAAUAUGGUGAUAAGCUAGAAUUAUACAAGGCAUGGCGUAAAAAGGGUUUAACUAAAAUGAUACAAGUUAUGUCAUUUUUACCAAAAAUGAACGAAGAACGAUCGAAUAUUUAUGGGAAUGAACGAUUGGAAUUUUUAGGCGAUGCAGUUGUUGAAGUUAUCUCCAGUAUCCACUUAUUCUUCAUGUUCCCUGAAUUAUCCGAAGGUCAUUUGGAUGCAUACCGUCAAGCCAUCGUUCAAAAUCAACAUUUAGCUGAAUUAGCUGUUCGUCUUGGCAUUCAUAAAUACUUGUUGUAUACUCAUAGUGUAGACUUUUGUUAUGAUUCUACAUUUAUCUACGCUCGAUCUGAUGCAUUUGAAGCUUUAAUGGCUGCAAUCACUUUAGACGCUGGACUUGAUAUUGUUGAUAGAAUAUUUGGUGCUGUUCUAUUUGGUGAUGAUGAAAGAAUUCAUCGUGUUUGGGUACAAAUCCCAUUGCAUCCAUUACAAUCACAAUGCCCUGAAGGUGAUCGAUCAUGGGCAACAAAAGUCCCUAUGCUAAAGAAAUUGUGUACAUUAGAAGAUACUUUGGGCAUAAAAUUUAAACACCUACGUGUUCUUGCUCGUGCUAUGACUAUACGGAAAACUGGUUUUAAUUUUUAUACAUUGGGAGAUAAUCAACGUUUAGAAUUUCUUGGUGAUUCUUUGUUAAAAUAUGUGUCAACAGAUUAUUUAUUUCGACAUUUUCCACGACAUCAUGAAGGACAUUUAUCACUGUUAAAAAAUUCACUAGUGAAUAAAUAUACACAGGCAUCUGUAUGCAGUGAGUUAGGCUUAGAAAAUUAUGUUAUACGUCGUGAAGAUAAUAGUAUGCAUAAAUACGAUUGCAAAAUUAAUAAUAACAAUGAUUCUACUAAUAAUAACAUAUCGAAACAUUCAAAUCCGUCUUGGAAUACUACUUAUAUAAGUAGUCAAAAUUCAAAUAUACUCAAAUCUAAACAAAAUAAAAAAGGUGGUCAAAAAGAAGUUAUUAAUUCAGAUGGAAAUAAAAAUGGCAAUUGUAAUAAUCCACAAAAUCAAAAUGUAAAAUACAGAGCUGAUUUAUUGGAAGCAUUUAUUGGUGCAUUAUUUGUCGAUAAAGAUUUAACAUGGGUUGAACGUUUUUGUCAAAUAUGUUUUUGGCCACGUCUUGUUGAGUUUAUUUUAAAACAAGAAUGGAAUGAUGCCAAAUCAAAAUUACAACAAUGUUGUCUCACAUUUCGUUCAUUAAAUGAAGAUCCAGAAAUUGCACAUUAUAAAGUUUUAGAACAUAGUGGGCCAACUAACCAACGUGUUUAUCGUGUUGGUGUUUAUUUUCGUGGUCAACGAUUAGCAACUGGUGAAGGUCGGUCUGUUCAACAAGCUCAAAUGGAAGCAGCUAAAAAGGCAUUGGAAUUACAUCAAGAUACAUUUCGUCAAUUGGAUUUUCAACGUUCAGUUAUUUCAAAACGAUAUAAACAACCUUAUAUUAAUAAAAUAUUGGAUCAAGUACAAAAUUGGGAUGAACAAUUAGUGGAAUAUUUUAUUUCAGAUAAACCUACAUCUACAACAGUUAUGUCGACCUUGAAUUCAAAUACUACUACGAAUAAUAAUAAUAAUAAUAAUAAUAAAAUUACUCCUAUAAAUAAUAGUGAAAACCAAACAAUGAAACGAUCAUUUCUACCAAACCAUAACAAUGAUAUCAAUGGAGAAGAAUUAUUAUUGUAUAGAAGUACUAAACGUCGUUGUUUUGACAAAAACAUUCCUAAUCAAAAUGCAUGUACAAAUGAAAAAACAUCAUAUCUCUCCGCCGUAUCAUCAACAUCAAGAUAUGGCACUUCUCCUUCAAUAUAUCUAUCAUCACAGACGUCAACUUCAACUAAUAAUAAUGAGGAAGAUGAUAUUGCAAUGAUCGACAGUAAAACAGAACAACUGAACGCGGUGGAAGACAUAGAAAAAGGGAACGAAUUGUUUGUUGUAAUAAAUAACAACGACAAUGAUGACGUCGAAGACAAUAUAAACGAAAAAGAUGAGGAGGAAGAAGGCGAGAUUGUAGAAGACGAUGAUGAUGAUGAUUUUUGUGAUGAUUCUAGUAAUGAUAUUCCGAAUGAGAGACAUUAUAAAUAUAAAUUACUUUUAAAAUGAAAAAAAAGACAAAACAUUGGAACACUGUGUAUCUUAAUCGUUGUAAAUACUACUAUUAAUAAAAGUAAUAAUGACAGAUGCCAACCCUGACUAAGUAGUCGAAUGCAUUUUACUCUCUUUUCAUUUGUUCGGCCUUUUCUUUUCGUAAAGUCAACGAAUUAUGCGAAUUUUCCUUCUUGCUUAACUUAGAAAAAUUCAUUUCUUAUUGACGGAAGAAAGUGGUCAAUCAAAGUUGAACUACUGUUUUAUAUUUUUACGAACUUAAUUAUAUCACGCAAUUUUGAAUUGUAG